GCCAUUUCUAAGAAAAGAGGUCUCCUGAACUAAAAAGAAGCCCUUCUCUCUCCUCCAACCGCCGGUGGUCGCUCCGUCGCUCGCCAUGGCUUCCGGGUCCUCGGCCGCCGCACGUCGCCUUCUGCUAUUGCGCCACCGCCGCCGCCACCUCGUUCCCAAUCACCACUUCUCUUCCUCCUCGGCGGACGAAGUGCUGGACGGGGGCCGCGUCAAGAUCUUCGAUCGCGAUCUGAAGCGCCGACACCGGGACCGGGCGGCGUGGGCGAUGCGGGAAACUGACCCACUGGUAGACGCGGUCGCCGAUAACCUCCUCGACCGCCUCGAGGACUGCAGGAAGGCGUUCCCCUCGGCGCUCUGCCUCGGCGGUUCGGCCGGCGCCGUCCGCCGGUCGCUUCGCGGCCGCGGUGGAAUCGAGAAAUUGACCAUGAUGGACAUGUCGGUAGACAUGGUGAACAAGUGGCGGGAGUUGGAGAGUGCUACUGACGACGGCCCCGAGAUGAACUUUAUCGUUGGAGAUGAAGAGUAUCUUCCUAUGAAAGAGAACUCCCAGGAUUUGAUAAUGAGCUGUCUUGGGCUACAUUGGACAAAUGAUCUACCUGGAGCAAUGAUACAGUGUAGGUUGGCGUUGAAGCCUGAUGGCCUUUUUCUUGCAGCAAUUCUUGGCGGGGAGACUCUGAAGGAACUAAGAAUUGCAUGCACUAUUGCUCAAAUGGAACGUGAGGGAGGCAUCAGUCCUCGAAUGUCGCCAUUAGCACAAGUCCGUGAUGCAGGAAACCUUUUGUCAAGGGCAGGCUUCGCCCUUCCAGGAGUUGAUGUAGAUCGAUAUACAGUCAAGUACAAUAGUGCUCUUGAACUUGUGGAACAUCUUAGAGCAAUGGCAGAAACGAAUGCUCUCUUUCAAAGAAGCCAUAUAUUAAAGAGAGAUACAGCACUAGCUACUGCAGCCAUUUACCAGUCAAUGUUUGGGUUAGAAGAUGGAACCAUUCCAGCAACCUUUCAGGUAAUUUACAUGACUGGGUGGAAGGAGCAUUCAUCACAGCAAAAGCCUAAGAGAAGGGGUUCUGCCACUGUAUCAUUUGGUGACAUAAGGAAACAAUUUGGUUCCAACCAAGACUGAAGAACUUUAUCAGCUAUGGUAAGAAAACAUCUCUCGAGGAAGGAAAAGGAAACCCCUAUUUGCUCACAACAGAACUUGGGGUUUCCGAGGCUUCCCAUUUGUGGAAAAAGUGUACUCUGUUGGUUCCCACCAAGAUUCGCGGAAGCGUUCCUUGCAUCGCUCACAAUCCUCCUCCUGUGCAUCUGGGUUGAUCUCGACACGCCCUGAAAACUGGAAGCGGAUCAUGGAGUGGAAGAAGGAGAUGCUAUAUAUUUGUACUCCGACCCUAGCCUACGUGUUUCCACUGUAUGCAACAAAUAUCCCAUCACAUGGAAAAUGAUAUUUUUGUAGAAAAAAUGUUGUGAUAGCUUUCGCCAAAUCUCAUUGAAGUUCUAACUGAAACUUAUUUGCUUUGAGUUGUGAACUUAUUUGGUUUGGAGACCUUUUA